UUGCUUUUCAGCCGGAAGAAUCGACACGGUUUAUUUACUGUCACUGUAAACAGCAUUAUAAGCGUAUUUUUAAUUCGAGACAAACUGGAUGCGUGAAUCAGCGCUUUCUGCCUCCAGCAGCUAAAGUGUCACCGGCGGUUCAUGUCUGCUCCGGGAGCGGCGUGAGACACACGGAGGAGAAGCUAACCGGACAGCUAGCCGCUAGCGUUAGCCGUUAGCCCGCUGCUCGGUGCCGGUGACAGUCAGAGUUUUUUCUUGUAUGGGUGACUGACCGUCAGCCAUGAGUGCGGAGCCGGACGCCCUGGCCGUGGUCAACCAGCUGAGGGACCUGGCCGCCGACCCCAUGAACCGCAGGGCCAUCGUCCAGGACCAGGGCUGCCUGCCGGGACUCAUCCUGUUCCUGGACCACCCCAACCCUCAGGUCGUCUACUCCGCCCUCCUGGCGAUCCGUUACCUGGCAGAAUGUCGAGCCAACAGGGAGAAGCUGAAGGGGGAGCUGGGGAUGAUGCUGAGCCUCCAGAACGUCGUGCAGAAGUCGACCACUCCCGGAGAGACGAAGCUGCUGGCGUCCGAGAUCUACGAGCUCCUGCAGGCGUCCGGCGGCGCCGAGUCUGAGCCGGCCGAGGAGGCCGUGAGCGGCCGUCGCAAAGCCCAGUUCUUCCUGGGCUCCAGCAACAAGAGAGCCAAGACCGUCAUCCUCCACAUCGACGGACUGGACGACUCGAGUCGGAGGAGUCUGUGUGAGGAGGCGCUGCUGAAGAUCCGAGGAGUCAUCAGCUUCACCUUCCAGAUGACCCUGAAGAGAUGCAUCGUCCGGAUCCGAUCAGAUCUGAAGGCCGAGGCUCUGGCGUCCGCGAUCGCGUCCACACAGGUGAUGAAGGCUCAGCAGGUGGUGAAAGCAGAAAACGGAGAGGAGGUUUUGAUCCCGUUGGCGGAGGACGGUUCGGUGGUGGUGGAGCAGAACGUGGACCUGCCGGACUACCUGCCGGAGGAUGAGAGUCCGUCUCAGGAGCCCGACAAGGCGGUGAGCCGGGUGGGAUCUGGGCAGGACGGGACCAGCUGGCUGGGUGCCGCCACCAACUUCCUGUCCCGCUCCUUCUACUGGUGACCCUGCAGGGCCGCCGCCUCCUCCGUUACACCUCCCGCCUCCUCUCAGAACCAAAACCUACCGGCUGCCAAAUCUCACAGCUGUCUGUCUGAGCCGGAGAGACAAAAACUGAGACAGAACUUCUCACCGUGAGCGUACGAACAGGCAGCGUCCGUCGGCAGGACGAGCCGAUGAAACUUCUGAGACAGAAGCGUGACGACGUCCAUCUGUUCCAAACCAGAUUGUCUUAACGGACAGGAAGUGCCGGCAGCAACAUGGGCAAACACCACCGAGUCAGAAUAAACGACCAGGACGUCCCUCUCUUCCUCUUAACUUUUUAUUAUUUAUUUGAGUUUUCUUGCUGCAGUUUGACGUGUUUUACAGGACGAGCAGAGGUCGGUCAGCCGUGCCUUCAGUUCUGCUUCUUCACCUUCACCCGAGGCUGCGGCGAGCUGCUUCUUCUGUUACUGACGAUGAUUCAGCCAUUAAAUGUCAAAAAUAGUGACAAAUGCCCAACACACUUUAGAGGGGGGUGUCCAAAUAACAUCAUGCCUCAUGACUUUGUAUCAUCAAUCAAAGAAAACCUCGAAGUCUUUCAGCCUUUCAUAAAGAAUUGUUUUGGAGCAGCUCCAAUUAAACUGUUGACGAGCUCUUCAGACUGUUUAAAUACAAACCUGAUUCCAGACAGUCCAGAAUCAAUCAUUAACAAUCAAUCAGUGUUUCCUGAAGUGUUCCUGAGUCCAGGUAUUAAUCUCUUUAUCCAAUCACGUGUUGACAAAGUGU